AUGCGACUGCCAGCCGGCCAUGCAAUAUGGCUAGCGUUGGAAGUUGCGAUCGUUUUGGAGACGGCGAUACGGGUCAAUGGAAUCUAUCAGGUGAGAAAAAAAAUAAAAUAAAAAAAUAUUGUAAUUUUUUACCUGAGGGAUGCUGUCUGUCGGGAAAAUAAUGACCAAUUUGUCGCAUCGAAAAUCGCAUCGUUGCCGAGAAAAUGAAUUGUGUCGCGGCAAAAUCGAAUUGCUUUUCAGCGACGAGAUUUUGAUACGACAAAGUGUUCACUAUUUUCCCGACAGAGUAGUAGCAAUAUCACCGCAAAAUGGUUUUAAAAUACGCUAUUAUUUAAUUCAGCUAUGAUAUUUUUUACUUUCAAGCGUUUCAGAUUACGCCGGAGAAACCGUUGGAGUUCAAGAUCCAGAGUUGUUCGUCGGAUCAAAAUCCAAUGAGAGAGGAGACGAUGCUGGUUGGUUUCUUGGGAUUUUCACAGUCGGUUUGCGAUGUUUGGGAAAAACGAAAUUAUUUUCUUACAAUUAGCUUUUAUGACCUAGGCUAGCGGAAAAAUAAGUGUAUAUUUUCGAGGCCGAAGUUUUCGGGUCAACGCAAAAUCGAUCCAUACGUGGCGUAGGGCAGUCAGUUUUCAUGACCGUGAGCUAUUAUCACAACGAAAAAUUCCCUAAUCGACUACGCUCCUUAUACCAUAACUAGAAGCCUUUUUAACCUUUUUUCAGUUCUUCCCAACCAACGUCCGUUACUGCGCGUCAGUGCGAACGACCAAAAACGGAGUGUCUUAUGUCAGAGACAAGGGUAAAACCUCCUAUUUGAAGCCAGUCGUCCAUGUCACCAUUCACGAAAUCGGAUCGCCACAUGAGUGCGAGAUCGAGUACAUUGUAAGUACAUCCCUGAUUUGUACUUUACGCAGGUUUUUGCCUUCAGGGAUACGGCGGAGAAUAUCGAAUAUCGCCGGACCUCGGAUUCUACAGCACUUGUUCGAAACCAAUAUCAAAAUAUAUAAAUGAGCUUGCCCUGGGUUCGGAGAACCCGCAAUUCAACAUUACAAUGAGUUCCUGCCCCAUUCACAGCCUGCCAAGGAGAUAUAAGGUGGGCAAUGCCGGCUCGAUGACACUUAAAAUUGCUUGCAGAAGUGACCCAUGUGCAACACUCAAUUUUUUUUAGGAUUUUCAAGGCACAGGCCACAUAGCAAAUCCUAGAAGUUUUAGCACGCGCUUUGUAGAGGCAGACACGAUGUUCUGCGAUCUUUGCGCUCGAGAGAGUACGUAAAACGCUAAGAGCGGGCAGAGAAAGGAUCACUUUUUGGCCGAAUCGUUUUCAGUUUUUUCAUAGGAAAAUUUGAUUUUUGUUGAAAACAUCUCCACAGUGGAAAAAUUAUUUCUCUCAUGGGCAGUUCUCCGCAUUUCGCGUACUUUCUCAACCGAAAAGUUCGUUGAAAAUCUCGCACUUGCGUUAGCCAAAUUUUGAGUGGUUGGUGUGGGUGUAGUCUAGACAGGUCACGUAUACUAAAGUUGAGAAAAAUCAUACCUUCAGGGACCUUAGUUUUCUACCUUGCAGCUUCUACCCGACAGAAUCUCUCAUAUUUCGCUGGAAAACAAAUAAUUUAUUAAUCUUUCAGGACUACCUCUCUUGCGAUCUUGUUCGCCAUCGCUGGUAUGAGUUGACUUUCCACAGUUACAUUAGAUACGAGGUUUUCCAUAAAAGGAAGUACUUCCAAGCCUGGUCCAACCAUUCCACUGUUUUCAUGUUCAAGCCGGACAAUUUCAUUGAAAGAACGGGAAAUGAAUUGGAUUGGCUUCAACGACUCAUAUCACUCGAGGCUACGUGAGUUUUUGAGAAUGAAAAGAUUGAAAUUUUUUUAAAAUACGGCAUUGGUAGCAUAUGUGUGAAAAAAAUAUGCUUUUUUACAUUUGUUUUUUUUUAAAUUUUUGAAAAUAUUUUUCAAAUUUUUCAAUUUAUACAGUCAAAAACACUGCCAAAAAGUCCGAUAUUUGAUCCGAGUUGAUGAUGCCUGGCCACUGCCAAUCACAGUUUUUAUCGAUUAUCGAAUCCGCGAAGGGAAUUACAUAAAAUACUCUCAACAUUUGGGAAAUGGCACAAUUGAUCAAUGGUUUAGUGGAAGUUUUGCCAUCCGGAAGUCGGAUCGAGUCCAAGAGAUUUGCGUUCAAGUGAGUUGAUUUUCAAGGGAAGUAAAUGAGUACCCUCUACUUUCAGCUAGUCUGGCGUGGCUCGCGCAACCGUUUCCGCCUUUGCCGAACCUUCCUUCAACCAGGUGAAUGUCCGUUCCCACCAAGUUCCGCGUCCUUGCCAACGUUCUCUGUAUUGCCUCUACUUUCGGCUUUUGUCUUACCGCUUCUACAUCCCAUAUAA